UCGUGGUUCGUGUAUGGUGUGGACGGUCAGCUGCCCAUAGUGACUCGAUGAUCCAACGUGCCUGCUUGAGAUGACGCGUCAGGAUUCAGGUCCUGGCAUGCAGAUGGCGUCGUGUUUUGCCUCGUCUCACUAGGCCACACCUGAGCUUUACUUCCCGGAAAGAUGUCCUAAGAUGGGUUUAUUUGUGGAGCUGCUUCGCGCGGCCGCCAUAUUGCUCAUUCUAUGGCACGUCCGCGGGUCGGAUUUUUUUGAAAAAGGGAAGUCAGAUAAGGAAAUUCUGGACAAUCUGUUAGUAACCACACGAUACGACAAAAGACUUCGGCCAACCGUUCAAGAUGCUGAUUUUUGCUGCGGGAUGCGGUCACCAUCAGAUCCCCGGACCCCGGGCACUUCCCGGAAACACCUUCCUGGAGGACCCUUGACAGUAAAUGUAAGCGUUCUUCUUCUCAGUCUUGCCUCACCAGAUGAGUCCAGUUUGAAAUAUGAAGUGGAAUUCCUUCUACAGCAGCAGUGGUUUGAUCCCCGCCUAAAGUAUUCCAACAAGAGUGAAUAUGAGUUUCUCAAUGCAAUCCACCACCACAACGACAUCUGGCUGCCAGAUACAUACUUUAUUAUGCAUGGGGAUUUCAAGGACCCGCUCAUUCCCGUUCACUUUGCUCUUCGCAUCUACCGCAAUGGCACAGUCUCGUAUCUCAUGCGCCGUCACUUAAUCCUGUCAUGCCAAGGACAUCUCCAUAUCUUUCCAUUUGAUGAUCCACAGUGCUCCUUUGCCAUGGAAAGUAUUUCAUAUGAGCAGACUGCCAUCACGUAUGUAUGGAAGAAUGAUGAGGACACGCUGCGGAAGUCUCCAAGCCUGACAACACUCAAUGCGUACCUCAUCUCAAAUCGGACUGUGACCUGUCCCACGAAGUCAAGCUGGAGAGUCGACUAUGAUGAGUCUGAUCCUGAUGACGAAACGUCGGAAGACUGCAAGUGUUCUCUGUGCCAGAGACGCUUCGAGGAGCAAGGUUAUAGGGACACUGAUGACACAAUGGAUAUUGUCCAAUUAAGAAGUUCAUCCUCUGCAACAGAUCCGAUUGCAACCACCCCAGAAUACCAGCAAGGGAUUUAUAAACGAGGGAAUUACAGUUGCCUUAAAGUGGACCUGAUUUUCACACGUGAUCGAGCAUUCUACUUCACAACUGUUUUCAUACCAGGCAUCAUAUUGGUCACGUCUUCUUUCAUCACAUUCUGGCUUGAGUGGAAUGCCGUCCCUGCACGAGUCAUGAUUGGUGUGACAACGAUGCUCAACUUUUUCACCACCUCAAACAGUUUCCGAGGUACAUUGCCUGUGGUGUCAAACCUGACAGCCAUGAAUGUCUGGGAUGGCGUAUGUAUGUGUUUCAUAUAUGCAAGUCUGCUGGAAUUUGUAUGUGUGAACUAUGUGGGACGCAAGCGGCCACUACACAACGUGGUGUAUCGGCCGGGAGAGAAUCCAGUGACACAACGACUGCCAGCCGUUCUGAGCAGGAUAGGCAUUAUAAUGGCAAGCCCGCUGGUGUGCCAGAGAAAUAUGGGAUCCCACAGUGAACUUCUAACAUUAUUGGGUGACAAAAACAAACGGGAAACUUCUGGCCCAAAUGAGAUUGUGAGUUGCACAAACUGUGGUCCCAACCCAUGUACACAUACAGCCAACAAUGGAUGUGCAACUGAGGUGAGAAAGAAGGAACCUCCACAUCCGAUCCGAGUAGCGAAGACCAUUGAUGUCAUAGCCAGGAUCACAUUUCCAACUGCCUACGCUGUCUUUCUUAUUUUCUUUUUCAUACACUAUAAAGGAUUCUCAUAAGAAAAGUCGUGGGAUAAAAGAGUGUGCAAGCGGUGUUGCCAUGUCAGACAGGAUCAUAACAACAGAGUGUUUGCUGAUUACUGACACUAGGGCUUGUAGGAUGUGCAGGGUCACUCAUAAAUUGUCAACAUGGUUUAUUUUUUAGAAUAAACUAAUAAUUGUUGAACAAUCCAGAGAGUGUAAUUUUCAGUUACAGUAACACUCUACAAAUCAGUGCGAAUUUUGACAGUUAAAAUACAUGGAGCUACAGAAAGUAAUAUGUGUUGAAGAUUGGUGGUAUACCCUGUUAGAUGUGUGGGUGACCACGGUGUGAUAUUCUAGUCAGCAGAUGUCAUCAUAGCAAUACAAAGUGAUACAAAACGAAACUAAUGUGAAUUACCAACAUUUAAUUGUAAGUUUUAAAAUAUAUGAAACCCCUGUCGCUGUGAAAGAGAUGCUUUCUUACCUUACAGUACCGGAAAGCUUUACAUGUUUUGUGAUAGCUUCAACUACGGAUGGUGUUGUGAGUAUUAUUUUAUUGUAAAGGAGACAUUUUCAGAAACAAUAUGUAAUUUUAAUUAGUUAAUUUUUUUUUACAUUUUAAUAUUUCCACUGUGUGUUUCUGCAAGGCCAAUAUAUCUGCCAAAGUAAAUAAUUGAAAUUUAUGUGGUUGGCCAAAGGUGUUUUGUUUGAACAAAUGAAGAUAUUAUGUAGGUGAGGUUUUAGUGUGUCAAAACAAGGUAAGACAUACUGGCACAAGGAAUUAAUUCUUUGUGAAAAAGAUAUAUAAUUUGCUAAGCUGUUUAAAAAGGAGAAGAUGGUGCUACAUGACACAUAAAUAAGGAAGUAUACAGUAGCCCAAAAUUUCAUCAGAACAAAACAGUUCUUUUUUGCACAUUGCAAAUAAAUUAAACAACUAUCAGAUUUACUACAGGAAAAUAAUCCUGGUGUUUUCCUGUCUUAAAAUGGUCCUUUUACCCAGGUUCUAACUGGGCUACUCUCUGAAAAGCAGGGAAGAAAUUCUUUUUAGUUUAAUUAAUGUAAUUUGUGUGUAUUUUAGUCAGAUCAUGAUAGGUGGUGUGUCAUACCUUCUUUUGAUGCAGUUAACAUUUUAUAGUCAUGUUCAAUAUUUCGUACUUGAAAUUCAAAUAUGUUUCGUUUCAAACAGCUGAUGUGCACCUUUUUAAAUUAGUGUUCUUCCAUAUCAUGUGAUAGUUACCUGAUAUUAAAACAGUGGACAGUAACGUGCAUUGUAACGAGCUGUUGAGUCAAUGUUAUUUUUGAAUGGAAAGCUAUAACAUAUUCCAAAUGCUGCAAAUUUUUUCGGUCUCCAUCAGGGUCUUUAAAUGACACUGGUCCUAUAGCCUGGAGCUACAUCAUUCAGUUGUGGUCCCGUUUAGUGCUGCCUGUCUGAAAAUAAACCGAUAAUUAGCCACAUGAUAUAAACAGCGUUUCCUUUCUUGCAUAAGUUCUUUGGUAAGAUUGAAAGUGUAACUGCCUCCCCCACUCACAUCAAUUGCCAGUUUUUUCUGCUGUUAAUAUUUUAGAUAAGAAUGCUUCACUGUUCUUAUAUUGAUCCUUAUGACCAAGUCAUCCAACGAAACGGUACCACAGUGUUUCAUAGAGGGCAGCACAAUGUGGUGAGUUGUCCUGUGAUCUGUAGCAUUGUUGUAGUUAUGACAGCAGCAGCUUCAGACACCAUUAGCACAUUUUUAUAGACUAAGAAUUGAAAAGUGUACAUUUGAAAAAUGUAAUUACAUAUCAGAAUCAUUAAACGGUUCUUAUAACAUAAAGCCCCCUUCAUAAUCUCAUUGUUUAUAAAUCAUUAUGUAUGUAUGGCAGCACUGAUUUUACAACAUGGUGUCAUAGGAAAACUACAUCUGCAAUAUUAUUCACUACGUGUAAAUGAUAAAAUAAGUCUUGUAUCUGGAACCAUUAGAUAUUAAAAUUAAAUGUUGACCUUUUUAUGUUAUAUUACAAAUUUUUUCUUCUCAGUCUUGAAAACUUUCUAAUCUGUAUUUAGUAGAUAAUGAUAACUACAAAGGUUUAGAGAAAGUUUAACACUGAAUCAGUUACCAUGAAGUCUCUGUAGUUGUUGCUAAAUGUUACUAGAAUACUACUUUUUGCUUGAUGUAGCUCCUUGCAGCACCAAGCGGUGCUAGUGUUUGUACAUCCCAGUCCAGCACAGAAUAUAUUUACAAUUACAGUAAUGCUUUACUAUCCUGCAGCACUUUCACAAGAUGCCAAAGCUGUUAAAAGCAAUUUUCUUACAUUAAAUAUUGCACCAGUACAAUUCUUGACACUGUCCAUUGUUUUGAUGUUUUGAUAUGAACAUUUCAGGAAUUGUCUCUGCUCCUGGUCCUCAAAUGACUGGUUGUUACUCUACUGACAGAUAUUUCAUUGCUCUUUUUUCUUUAUGUUAAUGCCAAUAUUUUGGAUUGAACCCAGGGCCUUUAGAAUAAUAAGCUAGUACACUGACAACUAAUCUGCUAAUGAAAGAAUUGGGUUAGUUCUUUACAGAUACUUAACAGAUGAUGUGCUUGUAUAGUGUCCUAUAGGAAGUCCUGUACGUCAUGAUUUAACAUACAUUGUUCCAAGUCCUUCCAUUUGUGGUGAUGGUUAGAAUUCAACCAUAGACCUUUUAAAUACUAGACUAAUAUCCUAACUGGCAGAAUGCAAUGUUUUGGAAAGUAGAUAUAUUCCAGCUUUAGCUGGGUCCAUUAGAAAGAGCUAGACCAAGUCCAGUGAUUGAUAUUAGCUCUUUCUAAUGGACCCAACUGAGUAGCUGCCUUGUCAGCUGAGGAUGAAAACACAUUCAGUUUCUGAAACGUUUUGUCCAGAUUUAAAUAGAGACAGAUCCUGAAAUGUUCUGUAUAUCAGAUACAUCUCUGACAGUGGACAGUGUUCAACAUUAUGCUGCUGUAAUGAAUCAACAAUUGUUACAAACCUUUUGAGGUUAAUUAAUUAUUGCUCUCAGGACCAAUAUUCAUGUUGUGUAGUGUGCACCUGGUUGCUUCUUUUGAUAUUAUUAUAUUCUAGCAGCAAACCGUGAGAAUGAUAAGUUUUAACUUGCACCUCUUAUUAUGAUAAAGACAGCAAUGACAGAACAGUGCUGUGGUGCAACGUGUGAUAAGGCUUUAAGAAUGAACUUUCUAAUUACUCUGCUGGUUCUUAUAGUGCAGGGGGCUGAAUAAUGUUAUGAUGUACUAACAGUAUUAUGAUUAAGAAUGAAAAUCUUGGGUUAGUUGUUUAUAGAUGCUUAACAAAAAUUGUACUUACUUAGUUUCAUUGUUAGCCCUGCCAUUAGUCCUGUGAACAAGGUUUAGCAUGCAUUCCACCGAGCACUUUGGUUUCUGCAUGCUGUGGCAAACAGCCACCAGCAGUGGUAAUACAAAUAUUCUCAGCUACAUGGAGAGCUGUGUGGAAAUUAAAGCACAAAACAUAUCUCACUGAACCCAAAUUUAAAAUUCAAUUUUAUAGUGGUCGUAAUUACCACAGGCUUUAGUUACAAUUGUUUCAUAAUUUUUAAUCCAAUACAGAUUUAAUGUUGCAAGAUUCAAUGAUCAUAAGCUGUCUAGGUACCUAGUACCAUCUUCAGGUGGCUUUAAAUUGUCCAUUAUUAAUCAGAAUUUGAUUAAGCACAUUAUCUUUUCCAUAAUCUCUUAUUAUUUCUCUGUCUAUUGUAUCAUUUAGAUUUUUUACAUGCGUGUCAAUCACAAUAUAUUUAAAUUCAUUAAUAGAAUUUUUUCAAUUAUAUUUUCUUAAACCAGUUCUUUCUACAUAAUUAAGUAACAUUUUAUUUAUUUGGCAAGAGAAGUAGAAGAGAGAAAGAGAGAGAGGUCACUAUUGGUAUUUUUGACAUAGUAAGAGAGAACAGUAAAGAAGUAUAAGCUCACAGGUUUCACUCUGGCAUAUAUAUUUUUAUUUGCUUGGUGAAGAAUCAUCAGUUUAUCUUAAAGUAAAAUGCUUCUCACAAAUAUUUGCUGCUAGGAGAAAGAAUUUAAGAGUAAUAUUUUUUUAAUUUAUCUGUGGAAAAUAAUUUUAUUUGAUUGUAAUGCUGUGGGAGUUGAAGGGCUGGGGUCAGGUUGAAAAGUUAAGGAAUAACCACUUUCCUUAGUCCCUCAGGUGGUAAAUGAAGCCAAAAUGUACGAAUUGAUGUUUUCAUAUUGCUGUAUAGAGGGGAUAAGUGUGCACAAGUAGUACAUGUAUAUGAAUUUAUUUUGCCCUUCUUGACAUUUCAAAACUGUUGUGUGAACAGACAGUGCUAGUCAUAUUCUUUGUUAUUUUUUAUUUCAGAGUAUAUAAUUGUUAUGAAAGAUUGAUGUUGAAAGUAUGAAGUUCUUAUUUGACAUAUUUAUUCUGUUGCUAAAUUUUAUAGACUUGAUCGUAGUCAAAUCAUGCAAAUGUUUUAAUAUUUAAUAAUGAUUGUAUCAUAUUAUUAUAUUAAUGCAUACACUUAUGUAUUUGCAAAUUAUUAUUCUUUCAUAUUGUACAAAUUAUCAGUAGGAAAAAUUUCUCUCUACUGUUGCAGCUGUCUUGUGAGAAGAUUUUGAGGUAUACCUGUAUCAGUGGUUUGAAUUGGCAGCUGUGAUUUUAUGAGUAUUCCUCCAUUCAAAGAAGUUAAAUUUCUUGUUACUGGCAUGUUCUCUUCAGUCAAAGCUGCCUCACAGUACACCACAAUAUCACUGCCUUUUCCUGCUUUCUAGGUUAGGAAACCUGAGUCUCUAGAUUGAUCAAAAGACUUAAAAUCAGUUAUAAAAAUAUAAAAUUUCUUCUCUCCUCCAAAUAGAUGUUUGCAGCUAUUUAAGUUUAAUUAUGUUAAUGCCAGUUUUGAAUUAAUGGUGAUAGAAUUAAUUAUAUCCUUAAAUUUUAGAAUGUGAAUAGUCUGGUUUGCUUGAAGAAAUUUAUUGUGUUCUGAUUGAAAGUUCAGAUGUAGGAUUUGAGGUUCUCACAGCUCAUGAAGUGUUAUAACUGCUUGGAGGUCAUGCUGCAUAGUCUGGUAAAAGUCAACUCCAUCAUCAAGCCAGGGAGGAAACCAGCAUGAAACAGCUUGCUGCUUGCCUCAUGCUGGUUAAGUGUCUGGCUUAUUCUUCAAGCAUGAAGAUGGAAGUGAUAUGUUUCUUUGAAACUUUGAUUGAUUUUCACUGGACUACAUGACAUAUCCCAGAAGAUAUAACUCUUAGAUACUUCAUAUCAUUAAAUCUUCCUUUUGGUUUAAUCUGAAAAUUUCUUCGUCAUGUUUAGGACUCCUCAUUCUGCAUAUCGUUUAACAUGUAUUAUGUUUUUUUUUCUUCCCAUUUCUAUGAAAAUAUCCUUACAAGUAUAUAGAAAUAUUUCAAGGAUUAUCUAAUUGGAUAGCCAGGAUAGCAUAGUCAGUAUAGUGACUGGCUACAGGCUGGAUGACCAAAGGUUUGGAGUAAUAGCCCCAGUAGUGUACAGAUCAGCUUAGGAUCUGACCCAUCCUCAUAUCCAGUGGGUACCAGGGAAUCUUUCCCUGCGAGUAAAUCAACUGGGGCAUGAAGCUGACCAUUCACCCCCCCCCCCCAUCUACUGCUGAAGUCAAGUGUGUUGAAACUAUACCUCCACUACCCUGUGCGUCUUCAUGGCAUGGUGCCUAAUUAUUCUAACACAAGGAAAACUUUACCUUUUAUUAUAUAAUUGGGUUAUGCCCUUCCAGACUUCUCAGAUUCAUGUUUUAGGUACUGGGAAGUAGUAGAAAUACCAGUGAAUUUGAAAUCCGUGUGGAACAGUCUGAACUAUUUAGUGAGGUGAAUGGUAGAUAUAUAUAAUCAAAGAAAUCAAUUUUUUUAUUUCCCUUAUCUCAUUUUAGAUAGAAACUGGAUAGCAGUUCUGUUGAAUUCUUUAGCUGAUUGAAUAUUACUGGAUGGUUAUGGAACACUACUGUUAGAUGACAUUGCAUAAGUAAGCAGCUUCCAUUGCAGCCAUGUCCCAGCAUCCAGUUCAUAUUCUUUUCUGGUUUUCUAUCUUGAUCUCAAUCAUUCUGUUUUCAUGAGAAUAUGUAACCACUCAUGUAUGUGGGUUGUUCAAAUUAAACUUGUACAAGAAUCAUUCUGUGUGAAGGAGCAGAAGCUGUUAAAAAAUACUCCAUGCUCAUUGAGGUAGACUUUCAAUUGAUACACCAGUUGGUGGAUUUCCUCCACACAGAAUUCUUAGGCUGGUGCUAGAAUUUCCAUGUAACCAUGGCCUCGCCAGAUGAGUGAACAGGUUUAAUUUGAACAACUAUUGUGGGUUGUCAUGAUGUAAGAGAUAAUACAGGAGAGCGAGGGAGUACUAGUAAGUAGCCAGUACAUUGCCACUGACAGUAUUUUACUAUAUGGUUGGAAUGAUGUGUACCAAAAUUUUGUGUAUUUUUGCAGAAUAUUUUGAAAGUGAAUGGGACACGUUUUUAUUGUAUAUACUGAUUGAUGUUACAAGGCUGUGCUAGAAUGUAAUGUGUUGAACAUGAAAGGGGCCAAAUGUAAGCAAUUCAGUCCAUCUGCCUCAUAUUGAGGAUUGUUUGUCUGGUUUCAAGCCAUCAAAGGAAUUAAUGAUAUAAAACAUGUUGACCAGAUCCGUGAAGAUAUGAAAUAAAAUCCAUAUUCAUGA